UUGAUAUUUUUUGAUAUAAUGAGCAAGACAUUUGAACAUUAUUGAUUGCAUUAAUGUUACAUACUACAUGUAUGUUAAAUGAGUUACAAUAAGUUCUAUUUAAUUUUCAUUUUUGGAUUUCAUAGCAUGGCAUCCCCAGUAAACAAAGAGUUGAAGGUCAAGGGUGUGUGUUAUGACUAUCUUAACACUGCGGAAUGUGCUAGGAUGGACUGCAAGUUCACGCACAUACCUCCGACUGUACCAUAUAUGGAUAGUCAUUGUCAUCUGGACCUGAUGAUGACCUGGAAGCCCAAGUUGUCCUUUUCCGACAUUCCUCAGGUUCCACACUUUAAGGGAGCCAUCUCCAAUUUUUGCUUUCCAAAAGCAUGGAGAUUAAUGGAUGAACUUGCACAUCCCAAGGUAUGGUUUACCAUUGGGGUUCAUCCAAAAGAUGCUCCCUUAUUCGAUUCUCAUCAGCUUGAGUUGGCAUCACUGAAACCUAAAGUAGUGGCCAUUGGGGAGUGCGGAUUGGACUACUUUCAUGGGCACACCAAAAGGCUGAGGGUCUUACAGAAGGGGGUAUUUGACAAGCAGGCCACCCUAGCCCAUGAUGCAGGUAAGCCUCUAGUGAUACACUGCCGGGAUGCUGAGCGUGAUGCCUUUGAAAUUGCUCGGAAAUGCUUGUCUAGCAAUCACAAGAUUCAUCUGCAGUGAGAUGACACGUGGAUGUGGAUGAACCAUUUCCCCAAUUUAAAGGUUGGUUUUACAAACCUUGUCACGUGGGAGAAGAGUCGAGUAAAGAAUGCUGUGUCAGCUGUCAAAUCUGCACCCCUUGUGUCAAGCAAAAUCCUUUUGGAAACAGAUGCGCCUCACUUUGUGCCAGCAAAUCUGGAUGUAAGGGGUGUAGGUAUGGAGCACAUGGCAUCCUCUACUGGAAAAUUUUCCCAUCCUGGCCACGCACUCAAUGUUGCCAAAAGGAUAGCUGACUUAAAGUCAGUUAAAAUCGGAGAUGUCAUGACUGUCACCACUGAAAAUUGUAAAUUUAUUUACAAUUUACAGUGAGGAUAUUUUUGAUAUCUCUGUCUUUCUGAUUACAUUUACGUUUGCUGUCUGUCUUUUGAUGAUUCAUUUUUCAAGUUCUCAUUCUGAUAUGUAUACUAUGUUUUAAAUACCAUACUUGUACAUGUAUUAUUUGUUUUAAAUAAUACCCACAUUAAGACCUUACUCCAUUAACCCUUCCCUGCUGAUCAAUCUUAUUAGGAAGAUGUUCCAUGAUUCAAAAGUAAAUCAGUGUGAUUUUUUUUAUUUCUAUAGCUAUCUAAGGUAGAAACUGACUGAGUCUUUAUAACUCUCAAACCUGUGAAUAUAAGAUUACCACCAUGUUAAAGCAUAUCAUAUAAGGUACAUCAAUAUUUUUUAGUAAGUUAAUAUGUCAUAUAAUUGUUAGAUUGCGGUUAUUAAAAUGUUGAGUUACUCUUGUGUGGCUAAUGGCUAUAGAGGUCUAUGGGCCUAUGGUUUCAAUAUUUAUCAAACAUUGAGUGCAUGAACACCACAAAUGGGCCUUAAAGGUAUACCUUCAAUUUCAGCAUAAUAAAGAAAGUUCAGUAUAUUUUUAUCAGACUGGAAUUAAGCAAAAAUAUUAAGUGGCUAUUAUAAGGGGGUAAAAUUUGAUGUCCUAUUCUGACUACACAUAUUCAAUUUUUUCAAAAGAUAUUCAAUUUUUUCAAAAGAAAUGAAUACUCGGCUUUUAUUGUUUGAUGUUUGAAAAAUAUUCACUCAUAAGGAGGGUUGGGGGUUCAAGAGUCAGAUGAAUCUUGGAUUAUUUAUACCUUAGCUCCAGGGGCCAACAUUUUUGGUUAUAAGAGACCUGCAGGCCUUUUAUGGUCAAUCUUUCAUUAUAUUCACAGUUUCAUUUAUAACGCACAAAAAAUCCAUACAGCUUAUUUCUAAAAGUAUACAAUGUACAGGAUAUUAAAGUAGAUUUUGUAAAAUAGAACAUACAUUUAAUUCAAUAUUGCCAAGGGGCGAUUUACCAUAUAGUUUUCAAGAUGAAGUUUUGAAUUGUUAAUGGGUUAAAUAAAAUAUAUUGAUUUUAGUUUCUGUCAAAUACCAUAUCUUAUUCAGAGCUUUACCCUAAUAUAUAAAUAAUGCACAUACUUAAUUACAUCAUGUAUUGUAAAGUAUCAUAUUAGCAUUCUGUUCAUAUUUGUGUUAAUGUAAGCAGAUUUAUCUGUACAAGACUUGUUUUUGAAUUAAUAUAAUGAAACUUGGGAAACGGAUUGCUGAAUAACUUCAUAAAAUGCUGUUAAAGUUACAGGUCAAGAGCACAUUAUUCUUAGCUGGAAAGAAAUAGUACUGAGGCUGAUCUACUUAAAACACAUGUUGUUGUGAUUUUUGUUUUAAUCAUUUAUCAAGACAUCCUGACUACUUAAUUUCCUAUUACAGACACUUCAAUAAAAUGUAAUGUAUAGUUAGUGUAUCACUAUUGUCAUCCACACACCCUUCCUUUCUUCUCAUGAUUUAACCAAAAGAUAACAUUUUUGAUCAAUCAUGUUGUUAUCUCCUUUGUGGGCGGCAUGGCUGGACAAAUAUGUUAUUUUCUGAUGUUAACUUCCCGGCAUCUCUAGUGAAUACUUAUUCUCAUUGUCAUCACAUGUACUUUUCUCAAGAAUAACAUUUUUGAUGAAUCAUGUUGUUAUCUCCUAUGUGGGCGGCAUGGUUGGACAAAUAUGUUUAUCUCUGAUGUAAACUUUAUAUGAUUUUGAUACAAAUUUAUUCUUAAUACAUGUAUGCAACUUUAUCAUUUCAGGUUACCAUAUUACCAAUUUGUCAAGAAGUUUAAAAUGCAUCCUAUUAUUUUCAAACCUUGCAUCACUUAUUCGUGGUCAUUUCUGGUUAUCGGUAAUCAUGUUUUGUGGGAUUAAAAUACAUAUUGCGGUACUUUAUAUUUACAUGUACUGAAACGUAAAAUAAAAACUAAACUUUCUUUAAUGGACACAGUACUGUUAUAUAUAAAAUAAAGGAAUUUCAUUAUUUGGCAUAUACUUAAAUGACACAGUACAAGUUGUCAAUAUCUUUAGUUACCUUUUUAGUUCAUAU